GAUCUUUUAGAGUGGUCGACUCCCCUCCUGUCCUGGAGGCUGAUAACCCAGAGAGAGAGAGAGAGAGAGAGAGAGAGAGAAGCGAAGCAUAAGGAAGUUCAAGUCGAAGAAGAAUGGAUCCUUCUAUGUGGCACAGAAUAGCUGCUGUCUCCGGGGUAGCAGCUCUCGGAUUGGGGACCUAUGGUGCUCAUGUCUUCAAGCCCGAAAAUCCCACUUACAAAGAGGUAUGGCAAACAGCGUCUUUAUACCAUUUGGUUCACACUGCAGCCCUUCUUGCUGCUCCUAUCACCAAACACCCCCACAUUUUUGGAGGCCUUUUGACUACUGGGAUUCUUGCUUUCUCUGGAACGUGUUAUACUGUGGCACUUCUUGAGGACAGAAAGUAUUCUACUUUGGCUCCAUUUGGUGGCUUUGCAUUUAUUGGUGCUUGGGCAAGCUUGCUUUUCUAAGGAUAGACCUCUUUAAGAUGGUGGUGGAUCUUCAUUUCUGCGUCACAAGUAUCAUGCAUCGAUGCUUUGGGGUUUUAGCAGAUACUGAAGGAACUUUGUUUAGCUAUCUAUUCACUAUCUUGAUGAUGGUUCAUAUUUCAUAUCUUUA